AUGUCCAAAAAACAGGAAUAUAUUGCACCAAUAAAAUACCAAAACAGCUUGCCUGUGCCACAAUUACCUCCUAAACUUCUGGUUUACCCCGAGUCUCCGGAGACGAAUGCAGACUCCUCCCAACUAAUCAAUUCACUAUACAUCAAAACAAACGUCACUAAUCUAAUUCAACAGGAUGAAGAUUUAGGUAUGCCGGUUGAUUUGAUGAAAUUCCCAGGCCUAUUGAACAAAUUAGAUUCUAAACUGCUUUACGGCUUUGAUAAUGUGAAAUUGGACAAAGAUGAUCGAAUUUUACUGAGGGACCCUAGAAUAGAUAGACUGACCAAGACUGAUAUAUCAAAGGUUACCUUCUUGAGACGCACCGAAUAUGUCUCCAAUACAAUUGCAGCCCAUGAUAACACAUCGUUGAAAAGGAAAAGGCGCUUGGAUGAUGGAGAUUCGGAUGAUGAAAACCUUGAUGUUAAUCAUAUAAUUAGUAGGGUCGAAGGAACAUUCAAUAAGACGGACAAAUGGCAACAUCCGGUGAAGAAGGGUGUCAAGAUGGUUAAAAAAUGGGACCUAUUGCCCGACACAGCUUCAAUGGACCAGGUGUAUUUUAUCCUAAAAUUCAUGGGCAGUGCAUCAUUGGAUACUAAAGAAAAAAAAUCUUUAAAUACAGGAAUUUUCAGGCCAGUGGAACUGGAAGAAGACGAAUGGAUUUCCAUGUAUGCCACAGAUCAUAAGGACUCUGCCAUUCUGGAAAACGAAUUGGAAAAGGGUAUGGAUGAAAUGGAUGAUGACUCUCAUGAAGGUAAAAUAUACAAGUUUAAAAGGAUAAGAGACUACGACAUGAAACAAGUGGCUGAAAAGCCAAUGACAGAGUUAGCUAUACGUUUGAAUGAUAAGGACGGCAUAGCUUACUACAAACCCCUACGUUCAAAGAUCGAAUUAAGACGUAGGAGAGUAAACGACAUCAUUAAACCUUUGGUGAAGGAGCACGAUAUAGACCAACUUAAUGUUACUUUGAGAAACCCUAGCACUAAGGAAGCUAACAUAAGGGACAAGUUAAGAAUGAAGUUUGACCCCAUAAAUUUCGCCACUGUAGAUGAAGAAGACGAUGAAGACGAGGAGCAACCAGAAGACGUUAAGAAAGAAUCGGAAGGCGAUUCAAAAACAGAAGGUUCUGAGCAAGAAGGAGAAAAUGAGAAGGAUGAAGAAAUCAAACAGGAAAAAGAGAAUGAACAAGAUGAAGAAAAUAAACAAGAUGAAAACCGUGCAGCUGAUACGCCCGAAACUUCAGAUGCUGUUCAUACUGAACAAAAACCAGAGGAAGAAAAGGAAACUUUACAAGAAGAAUAG